AGCCAGACGUCAGCCGCUCGACCCACCAGCGACAGCCAGCAUGUCACCAGCCUCCGUCACCGCCGCCGCGUCGGCGCUGCACUUACUGCUGCUCGCCGCCCACGCCUGGGCAGCCCCUGCAAAACUGCCCUCGUCGUACAAGACUUGCAAGCAGAACGACCCGGACUUCAACGGCUGCCUCAAGGAGGCGCUGCAGUCAGCUGCUCCACUGCUCAAGAACGGGAUUCCCAGCUUGGGUGUGCCGUCAAUAGAUCCCAUGCCAUUUGCGACCAUCAAGAUCCAGCAAGGGAACAAGCAGAGACCAGUAUCAGUGGACGUCGAGUUCGACAACACGCUCGUCUACGGGAUGUCGCGCGGCUUCGUGGACUCUGUUGAAAUGGUGCCCGGCAGCUACCACAUGAAGGCACACUUGCGUGUUGAUGAUCCCAUGUACAUGAUCGGUACAUACAAGGUGGAAGGCAAGGUUCUGGUCCUGCCCAUCAAGGGAAGUGGCGCCUACAAUAUCACCAUCGUUGGUUUGGAAGCUGAUAUGGAGAUGUGGGGAGAGCCUUUGGAGCGAGAAGGAGAAGUGUACUGGGAUAUCAAGAACUUCACAGUCAAGAUGGAUGUAGGAAAGAUCUACAUACAGUUUGGCAACCUGUUCAAUGGUGACAAGUUGCUGGGUGACAACAUGAACAAGUUCUUGAAUGAGAACAAGGACCUGUUGGUGGAGGACCUGAAACCGGAGAUGGAGUUGGCGCUGGCGGCGACGGAGAUGGAUGUGGCGAGGCGGCUGUUUAGCAACGUGCCCUACAACUCCGUCUUCCCCACAUCAUGAGCGUGCGUGGGAGCGUACGUGUGUGCUCCACUCAGUUGUAACAGGAGGAGUCCGGAGAGCCCCGUCUCACUCUUACUGCCACCGAAACAAUUCUCUCUGUACGCACUUGC